AUGGACACAGACAUCGCCGAUGAACAAGCCGCAAUUGACCCCACGCUCAACUUCUUUGCUGGUACCGUAGCCGGCGUAGCUGCGGUCGCCGUUGGGUUCCCGUUUGACACAGUGAAGGUGCGCUUUCAAGCGGCGGCCACUAAUCGAAGCUACCGCUCGACAUUUCAUGCCCUCCUUACGAUCCUACGUGAAGAGAGAUUAAGCGGGCUCUAUCGAGGCGUUUUUGCACCUAUCAUUGGGGCCGCCCCUCUCAACGGGUUGAUUUUCUCUUCGUACGGCCUACUCACGAAGUUUCAGCUCGAGAACGAGCGAUCUGUCCCAACGCUCACUCAACUCGCUCUCGCCGGUGCGGGUACGGGUGUCAUAUGCUCGCUCAUCACUUCGCCCGCAGAGUUGAUCAAAACUCAGCAACAACUGAUCCAAGCAGCAGCAUCGAAGCGUGCUACGUCUGCGGACUCUGGGUCCCUCAGUGCAUAUGCCGUCACACGACGGAUAUUCAAGCAGCACGGCAUCCAAGGGCUCUACAGAGGGACCACCUCCACAGCGCUACGCGACAUCGGUUACGGCACCUACUUCUGGGCAUACGAAGCAACCGUCCGCUACUGGCCCCGCACAUCCUCCGAACGCGCUUCCAACACGACUCCCUGGCUCGCUACGCUGACAGCAGGCGGGCUCGCAGGCAUCGCAGGCUGGAUCGCCACCUUCCCAUUCGACGUCGUGAAGACGCGCGUGCAGAGCACGUUCAGCCGGGAGCCCGCGAAUCCCUACCGGAAUACAUGGUCCACCAUCGUCGCGUCCUACCGCGCGGAGGGCCUGCCGGUGUUCUUCCGUGGGCUCGCGCCGACGCUGAUCAGGGCUAUUCCUGUCAACAUGGUCACCUUCACGACGUUUGAGACCAUUGUACAUGCGUUCUCGUGA